CCUGAACAGUGUCUCUUUGGCCCCAGCCAUGACCUCCUUUUCAACUCCAUCCACUCUCUAUUUGAGUCUCCUCCUCUUUCUGUCAUACCACUCCCCUGUUCUCUCCUGUCAGACUGGAAACCCCAUCCAGUGUCAGUCCGCUCCCUUUGUGCCAGGUUACAACCUGGUGGGGGAGGGCUUUGAUGUGGUCACCCUGCGGCGAAAAGGAGCCUACACAGUCGACGUGAGGACCUUCCUCAACCCACAAGGCAACUGUACUCUCUGUCCCAACCCUCUUCAAGGCAACAGGCUGCAGAAACUGCCAGUCUCUGCAGUGGACUGGCGUGCAUUCAGCCGCUGCAAUACUUAUCUCUACGGCAGUGUGCACACCUCUAUCAGCUCACUGCUUCAAACAUACACCUACCAGGACAGCUACGACUGGAAGUUUGGACUAGAUUUGAGGAAGUUUCUGAGCCUGGAGGUGGGAGGAACACACUCCACUGCAUAUAGCUUUGCUACAGCCAGGAGCCGAGAAGACCGCUACACCUUCAGCACACACAGGACCACCUGUAGCCAUUACAGUUACCGUGUGUCGAGCAGACCAGCCCUCAGCAGUGAGUUCAGCAGGGAUUUGGCGAGACUGCCCAGAUACUACAGCUCCUCAACCAAGGCCCAGUACAGACGACUCAUUGAUAUCUACGGCACACAUUACAUCCGCCAGGUUUACCUUGGGGGGCGAGUCAGACGAGUCACAUCUACACGUACCUGUUUGUCCAGGCUGAAUGGACUCUCCUUAUACCAGGCACACAACUGCUUAUCACUGGGUGUCAACAUAGGCCUUGGGAAGACCAAACUACCUGCUAAUCUAGGGUCCUGCAGCAAAGUCUUACAGAACCGGGACUUCUCUACCUCAUACAGCUCCGGGCUCCACCAGCAUUACACGGAGGUGGUAGGAGGCAGAGGUUGGACGGGAGAGUUUGCACUCACCCAUAAUAACUCCCAGGGCUACCAAAAUUGGUUGAAAACCCUCAAGGAUCACCCUGAUGUUGUUAAGUACUCCUUGAGACCAAUAUAUGAGCUGGCGUCAGUGUGGACACAAAAGGUCGGACUGAAGGCUGCCAUAGAGCAGUACUUAACAGACAACGGCAUCAAGACCCCGACCACACCCUACUGUGGCAGUUGGUACCCUAACCUGGAUUCGAGGUGCUGUCCCAGACAGGCCUGGAGGGGAACGCUGGUGGUGACCAUCGUCCGGGCCUGGGGCCUCAAAGGAGAUCUCUGGGGCAAGACUGAGGGGUAUGUUAAGAUGUGGUACGGCUCCGUGUACCGCAAGACCCGUGUGAUCAGAUCCAACAGCCCUCGCUGGAACACACGUUAUCAUCUGGGAAAUGUGGACACACACUUGGGUCUGAAGAUUGAAGUCUGGGAUGAAGACUGGGGCAGAGACGACCGUCUCAUAUCAUGUGUGAAAUACCUGAGCCAGGGGACAAGCAGAUUCACCUGCCGGGCCAAGAAAGGCACCGUCGAGAUCCUUUACACUCUCACCUGCGACCGUCACCUGACUGGACCGAAGUGCAACCAGUACAAGCCAUCUGCAUCGUGAGGAGCGCAUACUGGGCGGCACGCUCUGUGGCCAAUCAAGUGCUAAAUCAGAUCUGUUGUACUUUUUUAAAUGCCAUGAAUCAGACAGUCACACAGGUAAAAUGACUGUCAGACAUAGGUUUCCUAUUUUAGAGCUUCAAUUACAUAUAUUUGGACUAUAAAUUAGAGUUAUAGCAAUUCACUUAUGUAUUGCUAAUGGUCCUGUUAAUCCUGUUUUGAUUCUGGUGGUGGGUCCACAUUUGAAUCACAAAUUGUGCCUUUGUCAUAUAAAGAUGCUGUUGAUUAUUU